AUGCAGAGCUCUCAGGCGCCCGGCAUGGGGACAAAUUUCACUGAUGUUCCCUGGGAGCCUGAUUUCACCGAUUCCAGUCAGGACCCAGCCUGGUCCUCCACUGCCAACUGUGUGGUAAAGAUGGUGCUCAUAUCUCUCAUUGUGUGUGUGUCCUUGUUUGGGAAUGUGGUGGUUCUACUGGUGUUCCAGAGGAAGCCUCAGCUACUUCAUGUGGCCAACCGCUUCGUCCUCAACCUCCUCUUGGCAGACCUGCUCCAGACCAUAUUAGUCAUGCCAUUUGCCAUUGCAGCCACUGUGCCAGGUGUGUGGCCCCUAGACGCCCGACUGUGCCAGGCCCUGGUGGUGCUCAUGCACCUUUUUGCAUUUGCCGGGGUCAACACCAUUAUAGUUGUCUCCGUGGAUCGAUACCUGGCCAUCAUCCACCCCUUGUCCUAUCCCACCCGCAUGACUCCCCACCUGGGAACCAACCUGAUCAUCUGCACCUGGGUGCUCAGCUUUCUGCAGAGCACACCUCCUCUGUACGGCUGGGGUGUCAUUGACUUUGACCGCCAUCACAAUGUGUGCUCAGUGGUGUGGUCCUCUAGUCUAUCCUACUCUGCUGUGGUGUCCACCUUUUCUUUCUGGCUUCCUGUGCUCAUCAUGCUUGGAUGUUACUGGAUGGUGUUCAGAGCAGCUCGGAGGCAGAAUGCUCUUGUGCACCCCAUACAGACACAGUCCUACUCCCAGCCUUGCCCACAGGACUUCCAGGGACCUAGUAGUCCACAGCGGCAGCCCCAGCACCAGAAUGCAAGUUCACCCGGCGGCCCCUACUCAGCCAGAGGAUACCCCGUUCGAGUUAGGCACAGACGCUUCCACUACCACUGCAAGGCAGCUCGUGUAGUUUUUGUGAUCAUGGCCUCUUACAUCCUCAGCAUGGGGCCUUACAGCAUACUGAAUACUAUAUCUAUGAGCACCAGAGCAGCCAUACCCCCCUGGUUGUCCUCCCUUGCCCUUGUGCUCUUUUUUUUACAGUGCUGCCUACACCCCUACAUUUAUGGUUACAUGCACCGUAGUGUGAGGAAGGAAUUCCUGGCUUUGCUUUGUGGCCUGUUCUGCAAACAGGGCCGUCCCAGCCAAAGCUCUGCUGUAGAGAGCUGUUUCACUACUACAGAGGGACGUUCAGGUGCCCACCCUCACCUGCCCAGCCUGACUGCUCGAGUCCUCCCUCUGCGGACUUGGGAAGAAUGCACAACAUCCUCCACUCCCACUUUUGAGAGGAAGUCAAGGGACAGCCGUAAAGAGACCACCUCCACCAGCAUCAGCUCUGAGAGGGAGCUCACAGUCCACAGCAAACAAAGCACAUAA